GGAGCCUUUGGGAAACAGGUGUUGGAUGAUGAGUGGAUAGGUGGACCCCACGUGUGCGUCAGUUUCCACUUAACUUUGUCUCCUCUCACCGAUAAGGUCAAUGCCGCUUCCAUCUCAUGCCCUCCUAUCUUUCAAGUUUCAGAGCACAAAGACAGCAAAUGGUAGCUGGAAGUGUAAAUUGACGGCGACGAGUGUUAAAGAGAGGCGAAGGAAGCGAUUAGCGUGGGGUGUUGUUCAUUUUACCCCCUGGAUCUUGUUUGACAUCACUCCCAAAUCAUCUUUGUUCAUGUUUAGGGUUAGGGUAUUAUAUAUCCAAUCUCAAUCUCUGUGUAACAUGCACUGGAAGUGCUGUCAAGCAUGAUCCGGAAGGUGCUGUUCAGCAACAUACAGAUGGAUCGAGCAACUACACUACCUGCUCUAUAUGCCCAUCAUCAUCUUCUUCUUAACCUUAUUUAUUUAUUAAUUUAUUAUUAUUGUUAUUGUUUUUUUUCGAAAAUGGGUUUCUAUUUUUUUUGCUUUUUUUUUAUUUUUUAUUAUCAUCAUUAUUAUUUUCUUACAAGAGAAAAUAUUAGUAUUGAUCAUGGCAUUUAACAAAAAUUCCAACUUUUUUGUGAUGUGGUUUUCCAUAUUUGAUUGUCUGCUUUGAUUUUCAUACCCAAUAACCAUUAUUUAAUUCACAUUCAUUGUCUUUUGUUAUUGCAAAGUGUUACUUAGGCUUUGGCUUAGCAAGUUAGACUACCUCAAAAUGUUGACCAGCCUACUUUGGCAAAGAUUUAGUAUAUAAGAAAAUAUGUAUAUAUUCUGCGGUACGAUUUUUUAUUUUUAUUUUUAUUUUUAACCCAAAUUAGUCUGUGCUUAUCUUUAUUGACAAAAUAUGUUGCACAAUGAUAUAAUUUGCCACAUUUGCUGAAGCCUUGUUUGUUUUUGUUUUUUGUUUUUUUUUUUUUUUUGUUUUUUGGGUUGGGGGGGUGGAUAUUGCUAAGGCCUUCCUUGUAUAUGAUUAAAUGCCUUUGAUCCUCUAUUAUUGGGAGCUAUAUUGUAUUUUGUGUGUCCAUUAUCUUUCUCUCUUCAGAUGCCCCAUUGUCCAUUACAUAUGUAUUUUAUUUAUUUAUUUAUUUAUUUGAUGGUAAAGCCAUUACGUAUGUUUAUGCGUAAGCAAAUCGGAAUAGUUGGAAUAUUCCACGUGUAACCUCUUAGUGUUCUUUUUUGUCAACUCGGAUACAACUCAACAAAGCAAAGACAGAGAGAAUGGCCAACAGUCAAGAUUAGUUUUGAAAAGGACACGCGUCAUUCUAUUAUAUGCAUGAGAACGCAAGGGCAAAUGACGGUGGUAGUCCUACCAACUGCCAAGUCUUUAUUUUCCCUAUCUGAAGUAUGGGGGACCCAUAUAAAUCUACGGGGAUUUAUCUCUUUUUCCCUUUUGGGAGGUGACGUUCUGGAUGAUUCUUUUAAAGUAUCUAUAGAAGCAGUUGGUUUCGUUGGUUCCAUACAGAAAGAAGAGGAUAUUCUUUGUCUUCCUUGCUUUCGCUCUUGUUCUGUUUCUCACUCUUUCGCUCUCGGCGGCGAGCUCUUCAUUUCAGUGUUGAGCACCUGGCGAUCCAACCAAAUUCAUUUAGACCGGCGUUCAACCCCACCAACCGACCGAUCGAGGAGAAAGAAGCAAUUCCCCAAGGACUCAAAUUUUCUUCAUUUGCCCUCCUGGAUCUCUUCUCAAGCGAAGCGAGGAAACAAAAGUGCAAGAUGGGAGUGGUGUUGAAGAAACUCCGGAUUCGGAGGGUGCUGUCCAGGAAGAUCGGGAAUCUGCAUCGGAACAAUGUCCGGAGCUGGAGGAAGCAGCUGAAGCCGAUCAAGCAGCGCAGUUUUACACGGAAGCGCAAGUGUACAAGCUCUCGUUGCGGUGAUCUGUUGCUUCUUCUAGUCUAUUUCACUUGUUUUGGAUCGAUCCUCAACAUAAUCCGGAGGUUUGUCUCUAACAAGGUCCUGAGAGAGCAACGAAAGCCUAGAAAUGACGUUUACUCUUGGAGGCACGCCGAUCAUGGGAGACUUGUUAUGUACUUUAGAAGUGGUGCAUCGCCAUGGGGCAACUUCAGAUUUCCUCAUCAGGUGAACUGUAUGUUCCAAUCUCUCUCUCAAGUUCUACUUUCAGUUUGCCAGAGCUGUGGAACAAUCUGGAGGGUGCCAUCGAACAUGAUCCAGAGGGAGGAACUGAAGUCUAGGAAUCACAUCUACAUAUUAAGACGUGCCUAUAACUACGGCCAUCAUGGGUGGAGAGCUGUGAUUCAAUUCCUCAAUGCUCCAUCCAUUAAUUUAUCAGGACUGGUUGAUUUGCAUUUUGGUUUCUCUCCCUUUAAAUUUUUACUUUCUGAAUGUUGGAACUGUGGAACAAUCUGGAGGGUGCUAUUGAACAAGAUUUGUAGAGUGCUAUCAAACAAAAUCCAGAUGGAGGAACUGGAGUGCGGGGAUCACAUCUACACAUGGAGGCAUGCCUAUAGUUAUGCGCACCAUGGGAUAUAUGUUGGCGAUGGAAUGGUAAUUCACUACACUCGAGGAGGAGGCUUAGAUCGUAUUAUAUUCAGCUUGUCUCCAUCCCAUCAUUCAAACGGUACCAACCCUAUAAGCAGUGAUCAAUCAAGACUUGAUCGUGUGAUCUGUUCCUCCAUAGAUGAUUUUCUUUCUGGUGGUGAACUCUAUUGCUUUGAAUAUGGUGUUAAUCUAGCUCUCUUUAUUGCCAAAACUCGAGGAGGUACUUGUACCCUUGCCUGUAGUGAUCCACCUAAUGAUGUCCUUGACCGUGCGUAUAGCCUCCUUGAGAAUGGCUUUGGUAAAUACCACCUUUUCGGAAACAACUGUGAAGACUUUGCGAUAUAUUGCAAAACAGGCAUCCACUUGGUAGAUAACAAUUUUAGCAUUGGCAGGAGUGGGCAGGCGGCGUCCUUCUUGGUUGCCAUUAGCGCUUUCAUUUCGUCUACAAUCGCACUAUUUGUAGAUAACAUGUAUAGUGUUGGAAGGACUAGGCAGGCAGCAUCCUUAUUGGUAGGCAUUAGUGCUUUCCUUUCUUCCACAAUUCGAUGCCCUACUGUUAGAAUUAUCAGUCAGCAUUUCAUGGGCAGAAGGGGGCAGACACCAUCCUUCUUGGUUUAUAUUAGUGCUUUUGUUUCUUCUACAAUUCGAUCACCAACUGUUAUAAUUACUGGUCAGCAUUUUAUUGUGGGUUAUAGCAUUUACUCUGCCUGUAGAUGGGCUUCUGAUAUUGGAAUUCGUCGUAAUGCUAGUAAAGCUGCAAAUAGCAGAUUGGCCGAGGAAGGGAGUUCUGGUUAUGGAGUCAGUAUUAAGUUUAACUCGGCAUUUCUGAAAGGUCUUGCUUGGGAUAUUUUGGUAUUUGCAACUUGGUGGAUUUGUUGUUAUGAGCUGGAGUUGACAACAGAGAUUACAAGUUUUCAACUGGGAUGGAUUAUACUAACUUCUACAGUAUGGCGGGUGCUCUUCGUUCCAGUCGAUCGAGCAGAAAAAGUAAACAAAAGCAGUUAUUGCAAUUCUGAUCUAUCUAUAGACUUGAGAAUUCGUUUUAUCUCUGUGAAGACCGUAUGGCUUUGGCUUCUCAAUGUGUUGCCAAACAAGGCUGCUUGCUGGUGUUUGAUAACAUUGGUAUCACUACUAUUUUGGAUGUUGUUCUAUAUUGUUCUGUGAUGUACUGAUUCGGGUUGGACUAUGUAAGAUGUUGUUGUAGUAGUGUGGUGUUGCUUUCUGGACGUUGUUGUACUGUUAUGUAUUGAUUCGGAUUUGACCAUCCAAGGUUGUCUUUGUUUUGUUGGUGUUUGAUAAUUUAAGACUUUUUUUUAUUGA